AUUGUAUUUAUUGUCCAUAAACAUCUGUCUUGUGAAAAAACUAUGAAACAUUUGUUCCUGCCAGUCUACACAGAGUACUAUGGUAAAGCAUGGGCUGCAUCAGAGAGCUGCACGUGAAGCCUGUUGGGAAACUCUGCUUAUCUGGUCUGUAUUACACCAGCAGUCAUCAUGAUAACUCCUGCAUUUGACCUGAGCCAAGAUCCAGAGUACCUGAUCCUCAGCAUCCGCGUGCCCUACACCAGAACAUCAGAGUUUGACCUUUACAUUGAUGGAACUGAUUUCAAGUUCUACGCCAAGCCAUACUUUCUCAGAUUAUCUCUUCCUGGAAGAAUAGUGGAGGAUGGGAGAGAAAAUGCCAAGUUUGACAUUGAUAAAGGUGUCGUCACUGUUCGGGUCCCAAAGGAAACAGCUGGAGAGCACUUUGAAGGACUCCAGAUGCUGACGAGUCUCCUCGCCCCAAAAGGCUCACGUUCAGCGAAACCACUGAUCGAGGACUUAAGCACAGGAUGCGGUGAAGGUGCGGGAGAUGAUGAUGAAGAAGAAGAUGAGGAAGAGUUUGACUGGCAGGUUGAGCAGGAGGUGUACAAGGAGAGCUCUGAGGAGGAGCUGAGAGCCCAGCAGAAAUAUGGCUUCGGCAAUCAGAGGUCUGGAGUGUUCGCAAGAUUACAGGAGGAACUGAGCGAUGUGACUGAUAACAAGAACCCAGAAGGAACGACAGCAGCCGACAGGAGGAAGGCACGGCUGGAUGCAGAGGCAUCUGCUUUUUCUCCCGACCAUUACCUGGCUGAUAUGUUCAAGGACGAUGAGAUAAAGGGGCUGCUGAAGUUCAGGCCGUGGUGGGAAAAGCUGAGUCCUUCGACGGAGCAGGAGGGAGAAGCUGCUGUGUCGUUCACCGCCGACGAGAAGGAGCAGCUGAGAAAAUUCACCAACCGCUCCUACCUGCUGGACAAGACGUCCCGUCACCAAGUGUGGCUCAGCCUGGUGGACAUCCUGCUGGCUUACUGCUAUGAGGCGCGCUCUACAGAGGGAGAGCACAACGUAGAGUCACCGUGGACCAUCAGAAAACUCAGCGGGACUCUCAGCUGGCUGGAGACGUACGGCUCCUUGCAAGACGUCCUGGUUUCAUUUGGACGGAGGGUUUUGUGCUACCCACUCUACAGACACUUCUCCAUGGUUUCUGCUGCUGUUCGUGACACAACUAAGAUUUUGCAGUCAGGGAAAGCCUGUGUCCUCAAAUGCCUGCUGGAUAUUCACAAAGUGUUCCGAGAGAACGAGCCGGCCUACAUACUGAACGAUCUGUACAUCACCGACUACUGCAUCUGGAUCCAGAGGGUCAAGUCCAAGAAGAUGUCAGCCUUGGCCGCGACGUUACAAAAAGCCUCCCUGCGGAAAAAAGACUUGGAGCUGGAACUUGAGGAGCUAGAGGCAGCAGCGACGAUGGUGGCGGGGGAGGAGGAAGAAGAUGAAGAGCAGGGAGCUUCCGACUCCCAAAGUGACAGCAGCAGCAGCAGCGACUCGUCCGAUGAGAGCGAGGAAUCUGAGGCUGAAGGGCAAGGCUGCACCGGAUCCAACGAGGGAGGAGGAGGGACGUCUAAGGACAACCCUCUACAGCCCCAACCCAUCCAGGCUGCCUCUCCCAUCCCCCAGGAGCCCACACUCUUCUCAGCAGAGAGGAAGGUGGACGCCCUCCCCUCAGCGUCACAGGGCUGCAGACAGCUGAUCCAGGAGCUGGGGGAACGGAUGGCGGAGGAGCUGAAAAUCUCUCAAGACUCCAGCUACGAAGCGUGUUCACAGGCGAACGGCGCCGCAGCUCAAACAGAAGCAACAUCUGGGAGGAGCAGCAGCAGCGGUGGGACUUUAUUAGAGCCGAGUCCUCGCAGAAACCCUCUGCUCAUCGUCCAGACACGGGAGGAUCCGGAUGAGAGUGACUUCAUCUGCUGAUUGACAAUGUUGUGGAACCUUAAAGCCACUUGAUGAACUUUUAACUGUUGAACUCCUCCGCCUAAGGGAUGUAAGAAAAUGUGACUUUUGUUUUUAAAUGACUUCUUUUUUUUAUAUGAUUGUUAGAGCUUCAACUCUCCUCUGAAGGACUUUAUUAUAUGAACUUGCUAAGCCUCAUUAAAAUACUUCAUAUUGAUGUGGUUGUUUUAAUGAG